ACCAGCAUGUUUCCUUGGACUUUAGAUAUCCACCUAGCCUUCCUCACCUUGCUAUUCACAUCCAUUAUCGCUGCCGUCUUAAAGACCAGCAGCCGUAAACAUGGGUGGAAACAACCGCCCAGCCCGCCCGGCCUCCCGGUGCUCGGCCACCUCCACCUGCUCGGCGAACUCCCGCAUCGCUCCCUCCAAACCCUAGCCACAACAUACGGACCCAUCAUGAGCUUAAGUCUCGGACACGUCCCAACCAUAGUAUUGUCCACGGCGAAUGCCGCUGAGCUCUUCAUCAAGUCAAACGACGUCGUUUUCGCCAACCGGCCUCUGCUCCAAGCCUUCGAGUAUUUCUCCUACGGGUUCAAGGGGUUGGUGUUCUCAGAGUACGGUCCUUACUGGCGUGGCAUGAGGAGGCUGUGCAAGCUUAACCUUCUUAGCGCCUCAAAGGUGGAGUCCUUUGCUCCUCUGAGGAUGAAGGAGGUAGAAAAAAUGGUGAAGGAGGUUGAUAGAGCUGUUAUGGCGAAUCAGAUUGUGAACCUCAGUGAAGUGGUUAAUGAUGUUCUUGAGAGUAUGGUUUAUAAGACGAUAUUGGGGUGUGAUAUUAAGAAGAACCAUGGGCUUGAUUUGAAGGGGAUUGUUCAAGAGGUCAUGCGCCUUUCUGGCGCUUUUAAUCUUGCUGAUUAUGUUCCUUGGCUGGGAGUGUUUGAUUUUCAGGGAAUGAGAAGACGAUUCAAGAGAAUUGGCAAAGCACUGGAUGAAGUUUUGGAGGAGAUAUUGAAGGAGCACGAGGAAGCUUCCAGUUCCAAAGCAAACCACAACGACUUCAUCGACAUACUACUCUCACUUAUGCACGAAGACGACGACAUUGAUCGAACCAACAUCAAGGCCAUCGUGGUCGACAUGAUCGGCGCCGCCCUCGAGACCUCCGCCACGAUCAUUGUGUGGGCCCUGUCGGAACUUCUGAGGAACCCCAUGGUUAUGAAAGCCCUCCAACACGAGCUCGACACUGUGAUCGGACCAGACAACCUCGUAGAAGAGAAAGACAUCGGGAAAUUGGACUACUUGGAAAUGGUGGUUAAAGAGACCUUCAGAUUGCACCCGGCAGGGUCCUUGUUACCGCGAGAGACAGUCGAGGACGUCGAGGUUGGUGGUUAUUACGUAGCGAAGAAGACGAGGAUCAUGGUGAACAUGUGGGCGUUGGGGCGAGAUCCUAAGGCUUGGCCAGAGAAGACGGAGGAGUUUUGGCCGGAGAGGUUUUUGGAGACGGAGGUUGAUUUCCGAGGACGAGACAGCCUGAUUUUUAUGCCGUUCGGGACUGGUCGGAGAGGCUGUCCGGGGAUACAAUUGGGGCUGUGUACGGUGAAGCUGGUGGUGGCUCAGUUGAUCCAUUGUUUCCGCUGGGAGCUUCCGUCGGGGAUGACGCCAGAAGAUCUGGACAUGAAGGAGAAGUUUGGUCUUUCAAUGCCGAAAGCUGAGCACCUGCUCGCCGUACCAAGUUGUCGUGUUCGUACCAAAUCUUAGGAGAAUGGACAAAAAUUUGUUUGAUGUAAAACUAUAUUCAUUUUAUAAUCAAUUUUAAAUUUGCGAUGAUGUUAGGCUGCUUUGCUCUGUUGGACUGGUUUGAGCCCGGCUCUGUAAUCGCGUUCAUGAUAUAUGUGCGCAGGGAUAUUAAUGGGGACAUGUUUUGUCAAAACAGGAUUAGAAAAUUAUCAAUUUUAUAUUAUAUAUCAUCUUAAAUUCA